UCUAUCACUAUAAGUAUCCGAUAAACCUCAACAACAGAAUCAUAAGUUGCGGAGUAAAAACAAAAAACCAAAAAAAAUGAGCCGGAGAAGCACAAACCCUCCGGAUGAGGAAGAAGCUGGUACUAACGACGAGGCGGUUGCUGUCAUCGGAGAGCAAGCUUUUAAGGACUUACCAGUGCCUCCAUGGACAGAGCAAAUAACCAUUAGGGCACUGGUUACAAGCUUUUUCUUGAGUAUAGUUUUCAACUUUAUUGUUUGCAAGCUGAAUCUCACCACUGGUGUUAUUCCUUCUCUUAAUGUUGCUGCUGGAUUACUCGGUUUUUUUCUUCUCAAGAUGUGGACUGGUUUGCUCUCGAAAGCUGGUUACUUGAAACAGCCUUUUACUAGGCAGGAAAAUACUGUUAUUCAGACUUGUGUUGUUGCCUCUUCUGGCAUUGCCUUUAGCAGUGGGACAGCAAGUUACAUACUAGGUAUGCUUCCAAGGAUAGCAGCUCAAUCAGAAGGAGGAAAUACACCAGAGAAUGUGAAGCAUCUGUCUCUUGGUUGGCUCAUGGGUUUUCUCUUUAUUGUAAGCUUCAUUGGCUUGUUCUCCAUUGUAGCCUUGAGAAGGCUAAUGAUCUUGAAGUACAAGCUAACGUACCCUAGUGGAACAGCCACUGCUUAUCUUAUCAACUCCUUUCACACACCCAAAGGAGCCAAAUUAGCCAAGAAGCAGGUGGGAAUUUUGUUUAAAUUCUUCGGAGCCAGCAUGAUCUGGGCUUGUUUUCAAUGGUUUUUCACUAAUGGAGAUGAUUGUGGAUUCGCUAGUAUCCCCACUUUUGGUCUUAAAGCAUACAAUCAGAGGUUUUACUUCGAUUUCUCAUCAACAUAUGUUGGCGUUGGAAUGAUAUGUCCAUACAUGGUGAACUUCUCCUUGCUAUUUGGAGCCAUUGUUUCAUGGGGAAUCAUGUGGCCACUCAUUGAAGCAAAAAAAGGCAACUGGUAUCCUUCUGAUUUAUCAGCUAGUAGUCUCCAUGGCAUCCAAGGAUAUCGAGUUUUUAUCGCUAUCGCUACUAUGCUCGGCGAUGGACUUUACCAUGUCGUUUGCAUGCUCGGUAAGACCGCAAUCAGCCUCUACCUCGACUCGAAAAAGCAAGCUUCUGCUUCGAUCGCUCCAUCUGAUCUCGAGUCUGACGAGCAGACUGAUGUUUCUGCUGCAUACUACGACGAACAGCGAAGAAAAGAGUUUUUUCUUAAGGAUCAAAUCCCAUUAUGGGCUGCUUUGGUUGGAUACCUUGCUCUUGCAGCUUUUUCAACUGUUAUGAUCCCAUUAUUCAUCUUCCAUCAGCUAAAAUGGUACCAUAUUUUAGUAGCUUACGUGAUUGCACCAGUUUUAGCCUUCUGCAACGCCUACGGUUGCGGUCUAACAGACUGGUCUCUCGCCUCCAACUACGGCAAAUUCGCUAUCAUCAUCUUCAGCGCUUGGGUCGGCCAUGACGGUGGAGUCAUAGCCGGUCUUGCUUCAUGUGGAGUCAUGAUGAGCAUCGUCUCCACAGCUUCUGAUCUCAUGCAAGACUUCAAAACAGGAUAUCUCACUCUUUCAUCAGCUGUUGCUAUGUUCUUCAGCCAAGUCGCUGGAACUGCAAUGGGGUGUUUGAUAACUCCGUUAGUAUUCUGGUUCUUCUACAAAUCUUACCCCGACAUGGGCGAGCCUACGAGCACCUACCCCGCGCCUUACGCGCAGGUCUAUCGUGGGAUCGCUCUUUUCGGGGUGGAGGGUUUCUCUUCGCUUCCGAAACAUUGCUUCACGCUCACGGUAGGGUUUUUCGUGGGCGCCAUCGUUGUGAACCUCGUUCGCGAUCUUUUGGCCAAGUACGAAACCAAAUGGAGGAUCCAUAGGUUCAUUCCGAGCCCAAUGUGCAUGGCGAUACCGUUCUAUAUCGGAGGUUAUUUUACGAUAGAUAUGUGUGUUGGGAGUGUGAUUCUGUUUAUAUGGGAGAGGAUCAACAAGCAGAAGGCGAAUGAUUUCGGACCUGCCGUGGCUUCUGGUCUCAUCUGCGGCGACUCUUUGUGGGGAAUUCCGGCUGCUAUACUUUCACUUACUGGUGUCAACCCUCCUCUCUGCUUGAAGCUCGUCAAGGGAUAGUAAAUGAUUUUAAUCUUUUAGAUUAUUGUUAGUUUGUGUCUGGUUAAUUUAGUUCAGUUUUUUUUUUAUCAUUUGUAAUUAUGCAAGUUGAGAUUUCUUUUCUUUUCUGGAUUUUUGAUUUAUAAGGUUUUCUAUUUACAGUUUUUUGUGUUUGUGUUAA